AUGUCGAUUUCCACCAAGACCGCGUGGACGAUGCAUUCCGUCCAGAAUAGCCAUGACCUGGCGAAUGGACUCCCACCGAAUGGACUCCCGCCGAAACGAAAGCCGAGUCGCCUGGUGCGCGCGAUUACGAAUCCGAACGAAGUAGUCGCUGCACUCAUCCCGAAACCACGAGAACAAGAUCCCAAUGCCAAGCGAUUGGAGGACUUCAGGUUUGCUCGCGCUCUUGGGGGAAUGGGUUUGGACUACGGCAUUGGAGAGCCAGACAGAGCGCGAGAACUCCCACCAGCCGCAACUCCGCUUUUCCCCGUCGAAAUAGAUAAGAGCAUUGAAGACAAGCUACCAAGAGGAUACAACAUGCGUUCGUUGCAACGCGCCGACUACGACCGCGGAUACACCAGGUUGAGGGCUGUUGGACCGAUCUCGCAGCAAGCUUGGGAUGAGCGCUGCGAGUACCUGCGCACUAGGGCGGACAUGUACACCAUCCUGGUCGUCACAGACAACAACGAUCAGGUCGUCGCGACCGGAACUCUGCUUUUGGAAAGAAAACUCACGAACUCCAUGAGUCUUGUCGGUCACAUCGAAGACCUAGCGGUGGGAGAAGGUCAAAGCGGCAAGAACCUCGGUCUGCGAAUUCUGGAUCAACUCGAUCGUCUCGCGAACGACUUUGGAUGUGCGCGGACAGUUUUAGGCACUCAGGAGUCCAACGAGGCGUUCUACAAGCAGAGGGGUAAGUUACGACGCUCGCAGGGAGUCUCGGGUAUACUGACAGGCUCUUUGUAGGCUAUCGAAAGACCGGUACCGAAAUGACACACGCCCACGCACCUAGCAUGAAACGCAUGCCUAGCGCAGGACCCAGAACCGCGCAAGCCGAAGCAAAGAGCGGGAAUGCUAGCCCAGAACGAAUCGAACGAGAACGCGCAUGGGCUUCUGCUAGACUCGGCGAGCCUUGGAACGGGAUGCCGAAGCAGCAGCCUGAGGACUACUUUUGA